AUGGCUAUUCAAGCCUUAACCCUUCCUCCCAUGACCACUAAAACAUUUUCGUACAGGGAUAAUCACAAAAUGAAUUCUAUGAGUUCGAGAAGUGAACAGAUAACUGAGACCUCAGAGCUUUGGGGAGAGAAAGAGGAUAAAGGAUCUUGCCGGAAGUGCGAAGUAUGUUUGGACUUCUUCGAGGAAGAAACUUUGGAAGAGAACAAAUCUGGACCAAUGACAGCAGAAUGCGAUCAUCUCACGGAAGUAUGCUUGCCUUGCUUGCAAGAAAGUAUGACAUUCACGAUGAGUGAAGGGUCGUAUAAUCUCACAUGUCCAAUCUGCUCACAGGAGUUAGAAGAGUGGUUCAUAGAACUAUGUUGCACAAAGACGACGUUCACAACAUCUUGCGACCUUGCACUGCAAAGUCAUCUACGAUCAGAUUCGCACUUCUUUUGGUGUUUAGCCCCAAAUUGUGGUUCUGGUCAAAUUCGCGAUGGGAAUGAUCCGAAAAUGAUAUGUGGGAGCUGCAAAGCCUCGACUUGUGUGCAAUAUCGAACUCCAUGGCGCCAGGGCCUAACUUGCACGCAAUUCAACCUCAGCUCUGCAAAGGAUGAGGGGUCACAGAAUAAAAUCGAGAAGACAACGGUAGCUUGCCCGAAAUGCCAUGCGAGGAUCGAGAGUAGCAGGGGAUGUCUGAAAAUCAUAUGUCGAAAUCGUAACUCUUCCCACGGUGCUAGAUGUGGCUUCAAAUUCUGUCAUAGUUGCUUGGCUCCAUGGGGUUUCUUUGAACCAAAGCAUAACCCCGGCUGUAUUCGGGUGAGAUAA